CACACAGACCGCUUCCACACACACAGCCACUCAGAGCAUCUCCAGCGUUCCAUACUGGAAGCCGCUAGCCUAUCAGACGCGGCAUAGACACAGCUCUGCAUAGGAAGGGGGCGUGUAACGGAGAGCAGCAGCUCUGGUAGCCAAUGGCAGUGAAGUUUAAGCAUCUCCAUAUUGCGCUGUUGUGUGAAGGGAGCGCAGUGUACUUAGAGGCAGCAAUGUGGAGGAGGAGGAUGGCUGAGUCCAGUGUUCGGUGAGCGCCCCUCAUACACGCACACAUCCCGGCGGGCCAUGUCGCUGAAGUUGAUGCGGCGGGUGGUGUUGAGCCCCGGGCAGGCUGACAUGACAGAGGACAUGAUCCCCGGAGUUGUAGGAAGGGGGGAGUAGUGGUCACCAUGAAAGUAUUCCGCAGGAAGGCGCUGAUCCUGUGCCUUGGCUAUGUGCUCCUGCUGGUCCUCACCAUGCUGAACCUGAUGGACAAAUGGCACAAGGAGCCCCAGCAAUGUAACGAGCAAGUGCGUUACACUCCGUACCAGAGCCGCUCCGACAUCCGCUACUUGUACCGGCCCUCCCCGCCUAGGAAGAGGCAGCUGGUCUACGUGUUCACCACCUGGCGCUCCGGCUCGUCCUUCUUCGGGGAGCUCUUUAAUCAGAACCCGGAUGUUUUCUUCCUGUAUGAGCCGGUAUGGCACGUGUGGCAGAAGCUGUACCCCGGGGAUGCCAUGUCCCUACAGGGGGCCGCCCGGGACCUCCUUAGCGCCCUCUACCGCUGUGAUCUGUCCGCCCUGCAGCUCUACAACACGGCCGGAGCUAAGAACAUCAGCACGCUGGGCAUCUUCGGAGCCUCCACCAACAAGGUCAUCUGCUCAGCCCCUAUCUGCUCGGCCUACAGGAAGGAGGUGGUGGGCUUGGUGGAUGAGAAGGUAUGUAAGAAGUGCCCCCCACAGAGCCUCAGCCUUCUAGAGGAAGAGUGCCACAAGUACAACACCAUUGUCAUCAAAGGGGUGCGCAUCUUCGACAUCAACGUGCUGGCUCCGUUGAUGAUGGACCCUUCGCUGGACCUGAAGGUCAUUCACUUGGUCAGGGACCCCCGGGCUGUGGCCAACUCCAGGAUCAAGUCCAGGCACGGCCUGAUCCGAGAGAGCCUGCAGGUGGUCCGAAGCCGGGACCCCAGGAUCCGCAGGGUUCCCUUCAUCGACCCUGGCCACAAACUCAACAAGAAAGAUGGCUCCGAUUACCAUGCCAUUGGAGCCAUGGAAGUCAUCUGUAAUAGCAUGGGCAAGACUCUGAGGACUGCCUUCAACCCGCCGAGCUGGCUCAAGGGGAACUACAUGGUGGUGCGAUACGAGGAUCUAGUGGUGGAUCCCAUUAAGACCCUAAGGCAGGUCUAUAGUUUUGUGAACCUUUCUGUGAGCCCAGAGAUAGAGAAGUUCUCCCUGAACAUGACAAGUGGCUCGGGCUACUCCUCCAAACCGUUUGUGGUGUCUGCCCGCAAUGCCACCCAGGCGGUCAGCGCCUGGAGGACAGUGCUGACUUUUCUGCAGAUAAAACAGGUGGAGGAAUAUUGCCAGGUCCCUAUGGACCUUUUGGGGUACCAGACAGUUUCGAGCCAAGCGGAAGUCAAGGAUCUUAGUAAAUCGUUGCUAAGAAAACCCAUGUUGUGAACUUCUUGAUUGACCUAUUGCCUGCAACACUAAACUUCCCAACUACUGUACCAAACGUCUGCUGUUGUCUUCUUUUCCUCCAGUAAAAAUCAUUGCAUAUCUCUACAGCUGAUCAGUUCAAGCUCCUAUUCUGUAACAAGUACCAAUCUUACAGGGGAGGUUAAGCUUUUAGUAUUGUGCUGAUGUCCUCUGGGUUCAUUACCCUGAGCAUGGCUAGUUCCAUUUACUACAGGUGUGGUAGGUUCAUCACAACGUGGCUUCCAAACGGUGAGGCUUGGGCCUAAACUAUACAGGAGAUGAAUUGCUCAGUGGCGUGAUGCCGGGGUCAACCUUAAAAUUCCAAGUGUAGACCAAAGGUGGCAUGAAUCGAAAUUCAGCCAGUUCACAAGUGACCGGUAGAAUUUCAAUCCAUGGUGGGGAGCAUGUGCGGAUGUCUUGACUUCUGUACAAUCACCCUCUCGGAUAUUUGCUGCUCGUUGUCACAAUAGAAUAACUCAUCUCAAACAUAUGCAUAGGGGAAUUGGGCUUUUUUUUUUGUUCACCUCACUAGUUGAACGAAAAACCAAAAACUGACUCCUGUAUGGGCUGCUUAAGCCUCAUCCAAUUAGGCAAGCGACAGUGUCUUGGCUGCCAAUCAGAAGUCUGUAAUAUGGUUGCCUUGGAUCCACCUUGCUGACCAUCAUUGUUUUUUGCAGUAUUUUAUCGAUAAAGCUUUCGGGAUUAUCCUUAGUGGGGUCGGAGGACUGUGUGACAUCUGCAAUUGUUUGGCUGCCAUAAAAGAACUAUUCAGAUAAUCAUGGUAGGUGCUUCUUUUCUGAGGAAUCAGGCAUCUGUCUUCUCUGCUUUUUGUACGAUGGCGUUGAGGACGGGGGUCUUGUACUGUCUGAUUUCCUGUUUAUACUGCUGAGUCACAUGUUGGUUCUAGAGUUUUGCACUGGUCAUUGAGUUUAGCUAUUACAGUGAGAAUCGUGUUUACAAUGACUUGAGACCAGUAAAUCUCACCCAUUGCGGGUGGUGCAUUAAACCUGUGCAGUAUGCCUGGUGAGCUAAUGGAUACGUGUUACAAGUGCUGUUAAUAAAAAAAACACUCAUGUUA